AAAUACGAAAUAGUGUAAAAUAUUCCCAAAAACAUUGUGACAAGUUGUAAAGAAAGAAAAAAUUGAUCGAGCCAAAUAGAAGCCAAAAUACAAGACCAAAAAAAUGUAACCCAUUUGGCCAACUGCCAAACAGAAUCGCCUAUAAACCAUAAAAACUUAAGCAAACCGACAACCACAAGCCAUGUCGAAUGCCAGCAGCCUGCUGGACGUCCUGUGUAGCGGCAGUGGAGCUCGCCUGGCCCUUGGCACUUCGGUGAUUUGCUAUUUGAUUGUCUACAAUGAGGCCUCAGCGACAAGUUUGCUAUUUGCCAGCUUAUUAGCCACUGCCUAUGGGGCCUUAGCCGCCCGCUGCAAGACAAGUUUACGUGGUAUCCAAUAUCCCUUUGUGAGAGCCACAAAUAAAUUUGAUUUCUGUUGCCUGUUCUUGGCCAUGUGGAUGGAUUCGUUGGCUGUUAUGUGUGCUUGUGGAGCUUUGGCCAGGACAUUAAGUUCCUGUCUGGAUGUCAUGACCGGCGGAUUGGCACGCAUACUCAUAUUAGGCCGCAAUUCACCGGUCAAUGAACCAUGGCCAGAUGUGCUGGGUGUUGCCGUCGUCCUAUUGGUCACUGGAAUGUUCAUGCUAGGUCUAGAGCACUCGAAAGCCUUUAGUUUCAUUAUGUCUUUGGGUUUAUUUGGCCUAAAUGCAAUACUAAGUGCCGUUAGCUGGUGGCGUGGCGAUAUGUUGUCAUGGACCAAGGAAAAUUACUUUCAACCCGAUGGCAUUAGCAGUUUAUUCCUAUCGACAGCCUUGUUGACCUAUGUCUAUCCCAGUGAAUGGAAGCAACAACAUCGAAAUGGACGUUUUACAGCACUGAUAAUGACCGCCUUGGUGAGCAUUUCUCUACUCCUGACGGCUCUGUGUCUCUCCUCGGUAGUGCACUGGAAAUCCCAUGAAGAAUAUGUGGCUGUUCCUUUGUUCAAUAUUCUAGAUGAAAAUGGCUUCCACAAAUUGAUUCCUGCCUCGGCCUGCAUGUUAUUGUUAACCAGUUCAGCUGCCUUUUUGGAACUCUUCCCCGAACUGUAUGGCAUUGUGGUGCGCUUAGCCACUUCAGAGUUUCGUAUACUAUCCAAACAGAUAAGUUACGAGAGCUCGGACAGUGGCAAUCCAGUUCUGGCCGUGUUUAUAGGCGGCAGCUUGUGUGCCAUGCUGGCCUUUGCCUGUCCCCUGCAGCACUUGACUUACACUCUGGCCGCCAGUCACAUGAGUUCGGUGUUCCUAAGAGCCUUUUAUUUGCUGUAUUCACCGUAUAGACCCAAGUUCAUGCAGCCAAGCAGUAGCAGUGAGUCCUCAUUGUCCUAUAGUCGCUUGUCCACAGCUCCCAUGGCCAAGAGCAGCAGCUGCAGCAGUGCCACCACAGCCAGUUCGAGCCGUUUGAAGCGGAGUCUGUGGAACAUAAGUCUGGCCAAGCAUGGAGGUCUCAAGAAGCCCAAGACUAAGACUAAGAACAAGCAAGAACUUGAAAAGGAAUGGCUACUAUUGGGCGAGCCCACUUCGCCCUGCCCGCAACGUGAGGGAAGGGACGAUGUGGAGUCAACCAUAUUGUCAGAUGGUGAGCCACCGCCUUCUGAUUUUGAGUAUCCAGAUAAAUUUGAUAAAAGCGACUCGGAUACCUCGACUGAUAUUGAUGCCAUAGUUGAUGAGUAUAGGCAAAAGAUUAAGGUGACAACAGCUGGUCCCAUGGAGCGUUCGGUUCGUGUGCCUACGGUGAGCUCCUGGCAUGUUACGAUAUUUGCCCUGAUUGUCAUUGGCCUGGGCAUUGCCCUUUGCUUGGCUGGUUUGCUAAUGCAGUGGCCACCAGCGGCCCUAACUGGAACCAUUGGUGUGAUGGUGAUUGCCAUUAUGAUGGGUUUUAUACCAAAAUAUACGGGCAGUGUAAUCAAUGUCAGUCCUCUGAUCUGUGCCAUGUGCCUUUUGUUUAGUGUGAUCUUCUUCUCCUCAUGUGCCAGUCAUUCUUGGCCGGGUCUGGCUUUUUGGCUGAUUGCUGGCCUAAUUUUUGUCAUACGUUGUGAUAAAUAUUGCUGCAACUGUUUUGAUCACACAACCAUUAUGAAUGCCCAGCUAAUACCCAGUGUUUCGGGCAAGAGUUCUAUGGAUGAUGGGCCCUCGACCAGCAUACGUAUGCCCAGGCCACCGAAGGGCAUGGGCGUGUUGACUCUACCCCAACCGCCGCGUGCCAGAUGACAAUCAGAGUCCUCGGAGGAGGAGGGCGAAGACUUAUUUCACGAGGACUUUAAUGUGCGCGACUUUGAUGAAGACGAUGGCGAUGAGGAUUGCUGGACUGAUUAGCCAAGCAAAUGAAGGACCGAGAGAGAGAGAGAGAGAAAGAUCCUUCUUUUUGCAUAUUUUUACUAUACCCAUAUACUUAUAUAUAUAUUUGCUAAAUGCUGCUUAUAACUAAUGAAAAUUUCUAGUUAGUUUUUGAAUUUCUAGUUAGCCUAAACUCUAAAUAAAACAUACAAAAUGUGAAAAAC